UUUUGAAGUUUCACUUUAACGGAUGAACUUGGCAGAUGUGGAAGGCCUUCAGCACUCUAAAGACAAGACCGGUUCUACUGUAAGCUAAACAUAUUCCAAAAGUUAUAAAAUGCGACCCAGGAUUCAAGUUGAACUUGUUGCACGGCACAAAAAAUAUUUGGAAGAACAGAUACAAGUUCUGGAACCUGUGUUGGAUGUUAUGAAACAAGCUGUACAAAAAAGUAAGACUUGGAUAGAAGAGGAUAAAAAUGAAAAUCCCUCCUUCACCUACAUAGAAAUACAUCAAGAGCUAGACUCAGCUACUUUGUGUUUGUUGAAUGCGGCAUCAUCAAUUAUAAAUGAAAAUAAAGACUACAUAGACGUGGAGGAAUAUACGCCAUCAUUACCCCAGUCAACACCACAGACUACAGCAGCAGAUAAACGUGACCCUAGUGAAUCAAAAGAUCAAGUUACUAUACAAGUUCAAUCAACAGCGGAAAUAGUGAGUCGACUUGAGCAGAUAGAGACAGCCAUAUCAUCUCUACAAGACGUCAGUCGACUUGAGCAGAUAGAGACAUCCAUAUCUUCUCUACAAGACGUCAGUCGACUUGAGCAGAUAGAGACAGCCAUAUCUUCUCUACAAGACGUCAGUCGACUUGAGCAGAUAGAGACAGCCAUAUCUUCUCUACAAGACGUCAGUCGACUUGAGCAGAUAGAGACAGCCAUAUCUUCUCUACAAGACGUCAGUCGACUUGAGCAGAUAGAGACAGCCAUAUCUUCUCUACAAGACGUCAGUCGACUUGAGCAGAUAGAGACAGCCAUAUCUUCUCUACAAGACGUCAGUCGACUUGAGCAGAUAGAGACAGCCAUAUCUUCUCUACAAGACGUCAGUCGACUUGAGCAGAUAGAGACAGCCAUAUCUUCUCUACAAGACGUCAGUCGACUUGAGCAGAUAGAGACAGCCAUAUCUUCUCUACAAGACGCCAAUCACAAGUUUACAGAUGACAUAUCAGAAAUAAAACAAUGGAGAGACAACUUUGUAACAGAACAGAGUGACAUGGGGGUAAACAUUGAACAACUGACUAAAAAACAAAAGCAGAAUUUUAAAAAUCUUAGAAAACAAAUGAGUGAACAAAAUAACAAAGUAAAGGAGCUGAACAAAGAAAUUGAAAGUUUAAAAGAAAAAGAAUCCAUGUCAAACAAAACACUAGAGAAACUGUCUCUGGAUAUGAAAGAAUAUGAAAACAACUUACUUAAAAUAAAUAAAGAUGUGCAAGAUCACGCAGACAAAACAGAUAUUAUAACUCAAGAAAUGAAAAGACAUUCUGUUAAGAUGUCUACGCUACAAGAAGAGAUUUCUAAAAACUUGCGGAAUACAUCAACUCAAUUAGAAAAGCACAGUGUGAUGUACACACUACUUCAACAGAGAUUGAUGCCCAAACUGAUUCAAAUCUUUAACCAGAACUUAAAAACUCGGGAAGAAAGAAAAACGAGGGUGGAAAAUAUUGAAGAUACCAUUUCAAAAUUGUCCAAAGAUUUGAAUCUAAUAGAGUCACGUGUAUGUAACAGAUAUGCUUGUCAUCUGGCGCUUGCUGAUCUCACUCCUGUCAGUGCUGGAUCAAUUAUUUCAACAUUUAGUAAAGUUCGUGAAUAUAACGGUCAACAUUUUAAUCAAACAACAGGAAAAUUUGUAUCACCACAUGAUGGUUUAUAUCUUGUCUGUGUAACUCUACAUGAAUGGGAAGAUAAAGAGAUUAGAGUUGGUGUGAUGGCUGGAGUAGAGUGGUGUACGGUUAUAGAAGUGAAAUGUGCCGACACUAGCGCUGCUGGGUCAGUGGUUGUUGACAUGAAGAAAGGUCAAGAACUUUACUUUAGAGUAUGUAAAGCUGAUCAAGACGCAACGUUAUCCUGCUACAGUAGUUUUACUAUUGUUAGUUUAUAGAAGUACAACACAAAACAUGGUGGAUGGGAAAUUCUCAAGACAAUAAAAUAUGUAACCACCAAGUAAAACUCAAUCUUACAACUCACUUCGUGUGUAGACUUCAUGUAUACAAACACUUGAAUGGUUUAAAUGUUGUCUGUUUAAUUAUCAUUUUACACUUCCGAAUA